AUGAUUGCCUCACGGUUGUCCAGAGCGCUUCCUCGCUCAAGCCCCUUCUCUCGCCUCUCCCAGAUUCGAGCACCUCGAUCAUCAAUAAUCUCGCGGUAUGCCUCUACCGAUGCUCCCGAGUCGACUGAAAAAGUCAAGGGCCAAGUUAUUGGUAUUGACUUGGGAACGACAAACUCGGCCGUCGCCGUCAUGGAAGGCAAACAACCUAGAAUAAUAGAAAACGCUGAGGGUACUCGAACAACACCCUCCGUUGUGGCCUUCACCGAGGGUGGGGAGCGUCUCGUUGGCGUUGCAGCCAAGCGACAAGCUGUGGUCAACCCUGAAAACACGCUCUUCGCGACCAAACGACUCAUCGGCCGGAAAUUCUCAGACCCAGAAGUCCAGCGAGAUAUCAAAGAAGUCCCCUACAAGAUCGUUCAACAUACAAACGGCGAUGCGUGGCUGGAAGCUCGCGGUGAAAAAUACUCGCCGUCGCAGAUCGGAGGUAUGGUUUUGGCAAAGAUGAAGGAGACUGCCGAAGCAUAUCUUGGCAAGCCCAUUAAGAACGCCGUCGUCACAGUCCCUGCCUACUUCAAUGACAUGCAGCGACAAGCCACGAAAGACGCUGGUCAAAUCGCAGGAUUAAAUGUUCUCCGUGUUGUCAAUGAGCCUACCGCAGCUGCGCUAGCAUACGGUCUCGAGAAGGAAGACGAUCGCAUCAUCGCGGUCUACGAUCUGGGUGGUGGCACAUUUGAUAUCUCCAUUCUCGAAAUCCAAAAAGGUGUCUUUGAAGUCAAGUCUACCAAUGGUGACACGCAUCUUGGUGGUGAAGAUUUUGACAUCACCCUUGUCCGCCAUCUCGUUCAGCAGUUUAAGAAAGAGUCUGGUAUCGACCUAUCCAACGAUCGCAUGGCCAUUCAACGUAUUCGCGAGGCCGCUGAAAAGGCCAAGAUUGAGCUGUCUUCUUCGAUCCAAACAGAUAUCAACCUGCCUUUCAUCACCGCCGAUGCAUCUGGACCUAAACACAUUAACAUCAAGCUAACCCGAGCUCAACUCGAGCAGAUGGUCGACCCCCUCAUCGCUAAGACCAUUGAGCCUGUUCGAAAGGCCCUGAAAGAUGCCAACCUCCAAGCAAAGGACAUCCAAGAAAUCAUCCUCGUCGGUGGCAUGACUCGUAUGCCUAAAGUCACCGAGUCCGUCAAGAGCAUCUUUGGACGCGAGCCUGCCAAAUCUGUCAACCCUGACGAAGCCGUCGCCAUUGGUGCCGCAAUCCAAGGAGCUGUGCUUGCCGGCGAAGUUAUGGAUGUUCUCCUGCUCGAUGUUACACCUCUCUCUCUCGGUAUCGAGACCCUCGGUGGCGUCUUUACCCGUUUGAUUAACCGCAACACCACUAUUCCCACCAAGAAAUCACAGAUCUUCUCGACUGCCGCCGACUUCCAGACUGCUGUGGAGAUCAAGGUCUACCAGGGUGAGCGUGAGCUUGUCCGUGAUAACAAGUUGUUGGGCAACUUCCAGUUGGUUGGCAUUCCUCCGGCACACCGUGGGGUCCCUCAGAUCGAAGUCACCUUUGAUAUUGAUGCCGACUCUAUUGUCCACGUUCACGCCAAGGACAAGUCGACCGGCAAGGAUCAAUCCAUCACGAUCGCUUCGGGCUCGGGUCUAUCCGAUGCUGAGAUUCAAAACAUGGUGGAUGAUGCUGAGAAAUAUGGUGCCCAAGACAAGGAGCGCAAGGCUGCCAUUGAAGCAGCCAACCGAGCUGACAGCGUCCUUAACGACACAGACAAGGCAUUGAAGGAAUUCGAAGACAAACUCGACAAGGCCGAAGCCGAUCUCAUUAAAGAAAAGAUUGCUUCCCUCCGCGAGUACGUUGCCAAGAACCAGGCCGGCGAGGGCACUGCCACGGCGGAGGAGAUGAAGCAGAAGAUCGAUGAGCUCCAGAGUGCGGCUCUUAGUUUGUUUGACAAGAUGCACAAAGCCCGCGAGGAGUCGCAGCAGACACCGCCAAGCGGUGAUGCAGGCUCACAGCAAGGCUCAUCCAGCGGUGAGCAGAAGCCGUGA